AAAAAAAAUAAUGUUAUAACAUUUUUUUUAUACAAAUAAUAAUAAUAAUUAGUUUUUAGAAAUAUUAUUUAAAAAUAAAGUAAUAACACUAGUGUUAUAAUUAGUUUAUCAUUAAUAGUAUUAUUUUUAAAUAAUAUUUUUUUAAAAUAGAAAUGAAAGAUUCAUCAGGGUCACAGAAUUAUAGUAAUAAUAAUUAUAGUAACAAUAAUUAUAGUAAUAAUAGUAUUAAUAGUAAUAGUGGUAGCACACAUUAUGGUAGUAGUAGAAAUCUAAGCCAGCAAUAUAAUUUGCAACAAAAUCAACACCAGGGUCAUGAGUUUCAUGACUCUGACGAGUUAUUGUCAACAUUAAAUGAUUUUAUAAAAACUAACGAUAAGAAAUUAAGAAUCGGAGCAACUCAUUUAACUUUAAAUCCAAUAUGUUUGGAAUACUUAAAUUUAUAUUUAAAGGGUAAAAGAGUAUCAUUCAAAGUUUCAAAGAGUGAAAUUUUAGAUUUACAAUUUAUAAUUACUUUGGUUAAACAUUUAAAGAUUGAUCCAAAUCAGCCAGAAUUAUUAGAAAGAAACAGAGUUUUAGAUUUAUCAAUAUUUGAAUCGCUUAAAGAAUUAGAAAUGUAUUAUGUAAAGCCAGGAUUAAUCAGCAAUUUAUUUUCAUUAUCCCAAAAAAUAGAAAGAUUAACUGUAAAUUGUUCACUAAACUCAUUGGACGAGUUAUUAAUUGUAGAGGAUGAAAAUAGAUUACCAUAUUAUGAACAAGUAAAUAAAAUGGUUUUUAUAAAUAGUGACGAUGGCAAACCUUUAAAUGGUCAAGAGUUAAUAAAUAAAAGAUUCCAACAUCUCUACAAAAAGAAUAAUAUAUGGUCACAUUUAAAAGAAUUAGAUUUAUCAUUUAAUUCAAUACCAAAAAUUGAUAUGACUGCAUACUCAUUAGGUUCAGUUGAAAAAUUAUGUUUAGAAGGAAAUUUAAUUUCAACUAUAGAUAAUUUACAAGAAUGUUUAUAUUUAAGAGUAUUAAAUUUAUCAUUUAACAGAAUUAGAUCAUUAGAAACUAUAAAUGAAGUAUUGGGUAUGAUAACUCAUCUUUCAUUAAGAGGAAAUCAAAUUGAAAAUACAGAUUCACUUAAUAAACUCUAUGCAUUAGAAUGUUUGGAUAUCAGCAAAAAUCAAAUAAACCAUAUUGAUGAAGUAUUUAAAUUAAACCAAUUACCCAAUCUAAAAUAUUUAUUCACUGAUGAAAAUCCAUUUUGUGAAUUAAAAGAUUAUAGAAAUUUAAUAAUUUUCAAUUUUUUAAAUAAUAGUUUUAAUUAUUUCAAUACAUCAAAUAUACAAUUAUUUUAUUUAGAUGGUAAAAGAAUUCAACAAAAUGAAAUCGAUUAUAUAUAUAAGCAUACAAUAGAGAAUGGAUCAUUUAAAACAUACCAAUCACCAAUUAAGGCUAGUAAACAAUCAUCAAAAAGUAUUAUACCAGUAGUUGAAUUUGCCCCAAAUGCCAAAGUUGAUCAAAUUGUAUCUCAAUCACCACAAUCAAGUGUUUUAAAUAGUAUUAAUAAUAAUAGCAGCAAUAAUAGAGUAAUAAAUGGCGUUAAUAGAAAACCAAAAAGUAAUAAACAUAAGCAUCAUCACCCACAUUUCAAUCACACUAAAACUAUUGAACCUGUAAUUGAUAGUUUACCAGAAGACUAUGAAGAGUCAUUAACAGAAAAGAAAAAUCAAGAUGAUCUUAAAUUUGAAGAAGAAAAUUCUUUAAAAAAGAAAAUUGAAAGCUUACGUUCUGAAGGUGGUAAUUCAUGGUUGUUAGUAUUAAACGAAGAAUCAACAUUCAAAGAAAAUAUAAACAAUUAUAAUAAAUCUUAUGAUCAAAUAAACCCAUCACCAUUAACAACUCCAACUAAAAAAACACCAAUAAAAACACCAAUAAAAACACCAAUAAAAACACCAAUUAAAAAGAAAAAAUCACCUUUAAAAAAUGAAAAUUUAAAUCAAAAGUUUAACAAUAUUUCAAUUAAGGAUGAUACUCUUUCAGCCUCUUCAUCAUCAUCAUCAUCAUCAACUACUACUACUACUACGACGACAACAACAACAGCUGCUGCAUCGCUAUCAACCUCACCAUAUAAUAAUAGUAGUUUAUCAACUUCACCAACAAAUAAUAGUAUGAUGGAUAAUAGUAAAGAUAAUAACAAUAAAGAUAGUAAUAGUAAUAAUAAUAGUAAUAAUAUUAAUGAUAGUAAUGGUAAUAAUAAACCUGGUUUAUUAUCAAAAUCACCAUCAUUACCAAUUUUAAAUUCAGAAAAUAGUUUUAAAGAUUUGUUACAAUUAGAAAAAAAUAAUAUAGAUAAAAAUGUAAAUAGUCAGGAAUUAAUUUGUGAACCAUUUUCGAUUGAAAAAAAUAAUCAAAAAUUAUUAUUACAAAUUAAAACCGAAGUAAUGUUAGAGACCAAUAUUUAUGGUAAUACAGUAAACUCUUACCUCUUAAAGGACAUUGUUUUUGUAUUUGAUGUACCAGAGGCUUUAGAACCAAACACUGUAGAGAUUGUAUUUGCUGCUAAUUACAAAGAUGGAAUUCCAAAUAUGUUUACAAGAGAGUAUUAUCAAAUGGAAGAUAAAGAAUCAAUUAAACAAAUUUUAAUAGUUUUACAACCACCACUCUUUAAAGAAUAUACAAUGAGUUGUAUGCAAUGCUCUGAAAGAUAUGUAUGUAAAAUGGAAAAUGACUUUUUCCACUGUAUAAAGUGCCAAUCGAAAUUAUUAUUCUAUAUUCCACACACCUCACAGGAUUCAUCGUUAUUAAUUGCAGAGUCGCCAUCAGCCAGCUUUUCAAAUUCACUUUCACUUAAAGACAUGGGUAAAUUUAUAGAAUACAGCGACGAGGAUUUCAACAAUCGCAUAAGUCAAGAUCAAAAUGUACAAUUGUUUUUCAAAUUAAAAAUCUUUAAGGGUAAUAGCAAAGAAGUUUUCCUUUAUAUUAUGAAGAGUAAUUAUAUUAGAUACAAUCAACCUCAAGAAGAAGAAAAAACCAUAUACCUAUUACUUUCGUCAACUACACUUUAUCUACUUAACAAAAAAGAUAAAAAAUCUGAAGAUAGUUUCUCUGUUUACAUUCAAAUGCCUCUUAAAGGUAUUAAAAGAAUUAUAGUUAGUCUUUCAAGCCAAACUUUCCGUGUCGAAAUGGAUGAAAAUCAAACCAACCCAUUCAUAUUUUUAAAACGUUCUCAAGAAAGUACCGAUAGAUUUUUACAUCACCUUUUUGAAGCUGCCAAACAAUUAAAAUUACCAUUAGAAAAUAUUAAUCGUUCAGUAGAAACUCGUAACGCUAUUAACGCAAUAUUAAUCAACGAAAAUGAAGAGUUUUUAAAAUACAUUAUGCUUCAUCAUAAAAUAACAGGUAGAAACAUCCAGCCAAAGAGUUUUAUCAUUACAAAUGAAAGAUUAUAUUUAAUUUUUGAAAAUUAUUCUCAAUAUCCGUUAUUAAAUAAUAAUAAACCAAUUAAAACAAACUCAAGUCAAUUUCAAGUAUUUAAAGAUUUUAAGAUUACAGAUAUUAUAAAUAUAAAAUACUCAAAAUUUAAACCAAAUUAUUUUACAAUAGUAUUUGAGAUCGAAAAUUCUAAUGGCUCAAAUAGUAUUAUUGAAUGGAAUUUAGUUACUGGUAAUAGUGUAGAGUGUGAAACUGUAGUUAAUAUUAUUAAAAGAGAAUGGAAAAAGAAUUUUGGUUUGGAAUUAAAAAUAAUUGAUCAAUAUUAA